ACACAAACAAACACAUUCUCGACAUUCUCAUUGAAAAGUUUGACUAAUUUCUAGCCAGAUUCAAUCUCUCCUCGCUUUCAAAAAAAUAGAGACUGCAGUUGCAAUUUGCGUGUGAAUAACGGGAGCAAUCGGAAAUUCUUAACAAAAUAACACUGCAUUAGAUUAACGAAAAUGGGUGACACCGGCCAGCACGUUUCGGUUUUGUUUGAUCCGAAAAUGGCACCAUCUCGAAUUUUCGUCAAACAUUUACCAAAGACCGGUCUGACGCGUCUUGAACUUCAUGAACAUUUUUCUAAGCAUGGAAAGAUUCUGGGCAUCAACUACCAAGCCGAUUACGCUUUCAUUCAGUAUGACUCCAAUGCACAAGCUGAUGCAGCUGUCCAGGCAGAGACCUUUACAUAUUACAAAGGGAACAUGAUUAAGGUGUUCAAAGCCCGUGUACCAAGCGAUCGAAUGGAAUCAAACAAGUUUAGAGAAGAUCCUCCCUACUAUUACUCACCAGAACCACCACCACCAAGACCGCAGCCCGUUGGACCACCUCCUGUUGCAUGCAGUGAAGAUGAACGCGCUCACGAUUGUGAAAUCAUUGUCCACGAUAAAAGUCAAAGAGCCUACGCAGAAAUGAUCGAGAGGAACCUGGUAAAAAUGGGUCUGAAAGUGAAUAUUAUCUUUCCAAGCGAAACUAUACCAGUUCUGACUCUUCUGAACCACAGCUCGACCAGAGGCACGCUCUAUGCCAUUACUAUAAGUCCUCAACACGAGCUGAAGGCGAGUAUGACCGUCAACAUCCUGCAUGGAGAAAAUCCAGAGGAGCACAGAAACAUGCCAAUCAACAAAGCAGUGGUGCUGCUGGCGCAAAACUUCGAGCGCUACCUUGCUUCAGGUGGCAAUCGGCAGGGCGAUUCCACUUCCUCGGCGGAUCUUCCAGAAGGCAUUGAGAACAUGUUGAAUCUUUUAUCUCAGAGCAAGCCGCUCACCGUAAUGCAGUAUGAAGCGCUGACCAAGUUUUUAAUACGGAAGAGAGAACUGCAAGUUAAACUUGAGCUUGGAAACACUCAAACUGACAAUGAGAUGGACACAACUCCAUCCUCCUUGUUAGCAGCCACGCCCACGGUUACGGCAACACCUGCCGAGUCUCAAGCAGAGCAGCUUCAAAAGAGAAUCUUGAGCAUCAUGAAUAAGAAAAUUGCUGUACCAGAGCCUCCAAAGCCAACCCCAAUUCUCCAGGAUCCGAAAGUACAAUUGGCUCUUUCUAGCCUCUUCUCUGACAACUUUUUUUAGAUUAAAGGAGUAUUUUAAAUCCUCAGAAUUUAGGUAAUCAUUAAUCAUAAUCCGUGUCGAGUUUCUUAUAAUUUUGUGCAGAAAAUUCUGUUUAUUUUCCAAGUGCAGAAAAUACAGUAAGUUCAUAAUAUAGGGAAUUUCGGAAAUCAAAAUAAGCUAGUUUUUUCAUUUAAUUCCUGAUAUUUGGACACAGAUUUUUAUCAUAAGUAUGUAGUUGAACUAAUGCGAUAAUUACAGCCACAAAUAAGUUUUUAAACACAAAUAUGCGCAGGGAAUGCAGCUUGUUUACAACUUUUUUUUAUAUGUUAUGGUUUCAGUUUUUGUUAUGGUUAUUUAUGCUUCACAGCAAAAUGGGUAUUCCGCCUGGAAAAAAAUCAGAUCUCGAUUAUAAAAAUAAAAGCGUUGAAUGGUCACGUACCUCUUAAAGCAUUAAUCGUCGGUAAAUUGGGACAUUUUGCUCGUUUUGGUCCUCGCCCAGCAUCUGAGCCAGAGAAUAUACAUCUCCCUAAGGAUUUUGGAAUUAAUUUUAAUUAAUAAUAACUCAAAGACAGGACGGUAAUACCUGUGAAACUGGCGACCUCUUCGCUACCACGAAGCGCUUGCGUUGCGGAGCAAACGCGCCCCACCUGCCAUUAGCAGUAACAUCAUCUAGAUUGGCACUACGCUUGCGGUAGCUACUAGGUAGGAUGGGCAGCAGGCCUCCUGGCGAGCGUCGCAUUACCGUGAAACGCUCGGGGACCACGUAGUCAGGAUCGGUCCAAGCUUGCAAAGCAGCAAAGUUUUAAUGGGCAUGUAUAUUCGAAUUAACGAUGCCGACACUCACUGCUGUACCGGGGAUAGGCUUCCUCCUCAGGCAACACGAUUUCUGGCUCCUCAGCUGCCUCUUGGGGACCAAGCUCGAAAUUCUCGUAAGGCUGUCCGACCUCGGCAUUGUAGAAGUGUUGCGGGUAGGCCUCCUUGAGGCUGUUCAGAAGGCUGGCAAAUUUAUACAUUCCGUUGUGGUUCAGAGGCUCUUGGCUGAACACACAAUCUGACAUUUUUAUAAGGGAAAGAAGUGCAACUUUCUAAACCCUAAUGGUAGCACGGAAAUUAGCUAAAAACUAUUUGUAUUUAUUUUUGAGGGUAGGAUCCAAAUAACGGAGCGAACCACAUAUCGAAGGACAAAUAAUGUGCCUCAUUGAAUGGAGAAUACGAUGUCAAAAAAAAGAUGUGCUGUUCUUUUUUAGACUUAAACUUGAAAAACGUGAGGUUUUUAUUUUGCGCCCUGAAAUUUGUAGAAUUUUACCAAGAUUUCGUGCAGAAUUGAUAAAUAUAUGUGAGAUGUAGCGGUUGUGGGUUGGAACUCGUAUCUGCCUCCGAGGGUGACUUUUUGGUGCUUAAUUUAUUUUGUUCAAAACGUGAUGAUCCUGGUGUCGAUUCAUAAUUGCCACCGCAAGAUAAAAAAAAUUGUCCUUCAAUCUGUGGUGUAUUUUAACUUUAACAAUCACAUUUUGUGACCUUGACCUCAAACCUCAAAGUUUGUCAAUGUUAAAAAAUUGUUACAUACAUCAUAAACUAAAUUUAGACAGCAAGAAUUUGAAUUUAUCUCAACCAGAGCCAAAAAACAACCGUUUAAAAAUUAAAAAAAUUCUUAAAAAUCACAAACUGUGAGCCCCUGUAGAUUAGGUGAUUCUACGAAUUUUGACCUAAUUCCUAGGGUUUCCGGGUCCUCCCUCAAACGAAACCUAUAUCCAUUUUGGUUGCUUAAAUAUCCCUAAAUUUUCAAUUUUGGUUUACAUUAGAGCCAAUUUAAAAAAGAAAAAUAUAUAUUUCCAUUUUUUAUCGAUUCGAUGAGGAAUAAGUUAUUUUCAACUCAGAUAAAAAUUGCGUCACCUGAGAUCAUCGCGAUUUGCAGCGGAGGCCCAGAGGGCGAGCAGGGCAAGGGCGUCGUCAUCGGCGCUGGACUCUCUUUUAUUUCGAGGGAUGAGCGUGCGCAUUGGGCUGGAAUAGAGCGAAUUAUAUUUUAUUUGCCCAGUGACAAAAGGGUCGCCAGAGAUGAAAAUGGGAGAUAUUGGGCGCAACGAAACAAACGGCACUCGGGAAUGCCCAAAUUGCGAGCGCGCAGAGUGCAAAACGUGCCGCUUUGGUCUCGGCAGUUUAGUUGCCUGGCAACCCACGGACGCAAAAAGGAGCAGGAAAAAUAUACACGAAGCGAGUUUUAUCAUGCAGCAUUCAAUCUCUUUGGCGACAUGUUUAUAAACCGCAUGGUUUAAUCCCCCCUGGCUUUUAUUGCACUCUUUUGUGUUGAAAAGAAUCAAGCCGGGGCCAUUUGGAGUGUGUCGUAGUUAUGGACAAUAAAUGACGGUUCAAAGUUUCCGAAUACCAAAAUUUUAGCACGGUCCGAAACCGAAUGAAAUGGCCAGAUGAGCGUUAAAAUUUGGGUAACUUUUAGAGCGAGCGUGUGAAUAAAUUCAUAAAAUAUAGAUUAUAUCACUAUAUAUAAUCGCGUAUAUUAAUACAUUUUUUAUUCAGCGCCAUACUCCAGCCGACGCCACAUUUGCGCGUCGUGCGAAUCUGGGCCUCAAUGAAAAACAUUAUUUUACUGCAAAAUAUUUUUUUAACAACAACCAAGUCCCAUCAUAAAAUAAAUUUUAAUCUAAUUUUUUAAAGUCCCCCAGAGAUUCCAUUUUAAGCAAUAAAAGCGCGUAACGAGCAACCUGCCAGUCAUUGCUGUCGUGCGGGUUGCAUGUCAGGCAUGUGGAAGGCGCUUUCAAUUAGUCAGGAGAGCGAUAAGUCAAUUACCGGUCUCAUCAACGAAGGGGACAGGAACGGGAAAAUACGCUCAUCGUGCAAAAUAUUCGCCAUGCAGCGAUGCCGGGGAGCCCGUGAGAACGGAACGGCAGCAACAGGUCCGAUCAAUAGGACGCUUUGCCAGUGCCCCUGGCCACUCGAUAUGUAUGUAUAAGCGCAUUUUGCCUUCAAUAACACACACGGCGGCGGAACGAUGAUGCUAUCGGCUUUUUAUCAAAUUAAUGUUGCGCGCAUGUUAAGGCCAUAAUUCAGACCAAUUUGCCUUUCCAGACAGACGGAGUAGAAAAAGAAGUGCGCAAUAAGCGGCUUUGGGCGCGGUCUUUAAUUUCCUCCAUUGCGGCGCGCCAGAGGAUUAUAUGUUUGCAAAUAAUUAUUACGCUUCAAAUUGUAUAAAAAUUAUUUGAGGCGGCCCGGGGGAUUUUGUGUGGUAUUAAAUCCGCUGAAUGGGCGAGACAUGGCAAAGCAAAUUAGCCACUGAUUGUGAGCAGCUCAAAGCGCAUGAUACGGCUAUUAAUUAUAUCCGACAGUGGAACAAACAAAGGACAAAGGGCCAACCUUCUCUUCACUGGUGCACGCACGAAGCGGUCGUUUGACCUUCUGUCGCCAGCCCAAUAGUAAGGCAUUUCAGCGCCGGCUGCUAACAAACGAAUCCAAUUAAUCAGACUCACCGGCUCGCUCGUCACCCCUGAAAAUUGAAUUACGCGGCUCCGAGUAUAGCUGCUCCAUAUAUCCGGACCUCUUGCGCACCAGUGAACCGUGCAAUGGCUGCUGGUGGUGACUGCUGAUCGGACCAUUGUUGGCUUUGGCGGAGACUGGGGUCACCGCUGGAGCUGGGGUGGUGCUUGUAGCUUCGCUCGCUCCUGUGUGCCGAUUUAUUUAAAGUAAAAAGAUUUGUGAAAAAUCCUUUUAACCUGAACUUAAAAUACUAUCUCAAAAUGAGGGAAAAAGCUAAUAAUUUCCUAAAAGUUUGCAUGCUACUCAAGCAUUUUCUCCCUACUGUAUCUCGAUUUAUUUCACAGUUUAGAGAAAUUUCCAUUAAAUUCGCACACCAUUGGAUAGAUCGCGGUGAGAGGGAUCGAAAUCAAGUAAAAAAAUCAUUUAAUUUUACGAGCAAUUUGGCAAAAUCUGAAAUUGAAUUUUUUUUCUCGGUCCUGAUUUUAGAGAUAAAAUGCUGUUGCUAAAUUUCUCAAUGAAUAGACAACAAUUAAUGCAAAAUGUUUUGUAAAGCUCUAAUCCAAUGGGGCAACACCGAAUGAGUGCCUCUUUCGAUAAAUUAAAUAUUAAAUUGAGCAACUUUACGAUAUCCUACUUUGUUAACAUCCCCGAAUAAACCCAUCUCGGGGAAACGAGGAAAAGAAACUGAUCUCCUUUUCUGCGUUGACGUGCUCGGCGUAGCCAUUAGAACCGUGCAUUUUUUACAAAAGCACUGUGUACGUGAGUUUCUCAAAGGAAGUGGGACGGGGGCAUUGAGAAGCGUACGUGUGCAAUUAUCUGUAUACACUAGUGAGCUUGAGGAAAAGAAAGAAAGAAGAGCGUCUCGACGGAAGAAGGUGAGUUAUUGCGGGUUUCCAUAGCAACAAAGUGGUGAGAAGUAGCGAGGCAUAAUAUGAGGAAAAAUAAAAUCGGAUCUGCAUGCUCUGCCGAAAUCCCCAAAGCCAUAUAAAACGGGACCGCCACGCUUAAGGAAAAAGGAAAUGGAAUUUACCCUUCGGUUCCGUUGUGCUUCUUGCCGCUUUUUCUUGGGCCGCCUGGUUGGAGGUAGGACUGGCGGAGGCUGUGACCAAGAUAACCAGGAUCACCACGGCGUUCGAAGGUCCCAUUUUUAUUGCUCUGCGCACUGAAAUUAAAAAAAAGAAAGAAAACGAUCAAUGAAACCGCAGUUAAUAUUUGAUUUUUGUGCAUUUAUUGUUAUCAGUAUUUUGUUGUUUGAGAAUCAUUUGUGAAUGCGCGGACAAAUGGAGAAGCUUCGAUUUUUGUACCGCUGUGUAAUACAAAUUAAGGAAAUUAAAUUUAAAAAAAAAACAUUA